AUGCAGUUCAUGUCGAUGCGCUACCCACACCAGGAGACCAUCAAGGAGCUGGGAAUUGAGGAGGACGUCAACGACAUCCUCUACUACAUCGAGCUCGGAGACUUCACGAAGCAGGCUCUCCCGGCAUAUAGGGAACCGGCGAUAGAGUUCCUCGCCUCCCUGAAACUCAAAAGCAUCCUCAGGGAGCAGCUGCUGAGCUCAAGAGAGAUGGGAUCGGCUACAUCACCUUCACCUACUGGGACAAGAUAUCUGCUCAGCAUGAAGGAGCUUGAGACCAUCUACAACCUUGAGGAGGAUCGAGGUCUUGACACCGAGUGUGUGUAG